AUGUUUUCAGAAAGAUUAGUCAGAGUUACUUUGACUCUACCAAAAUUUGAAGGCAAUCCAAAAUUUGAAUUAGAAGCUCAAACUACUACUUCAAGUUCAAGUAUCGCUCUUCAUUAUAUUUAGGGAUCAUUUCAAUCCCCUCUAGACCCUAACCACUUAGAAAUCGAUGUCAUAAACAUGCUAUGACUUCUAUUUCCAAUCCAAAGCAUCCCCAACUCUAUACUCCCAUGCAAGAAAGCAAAAGAGCUAAGAGAUUAAAGAAUAUUCCUUAUGAACUCUAAUGUUUCACUCCACAACUUCCAAAUAAAAAUUUUACCUCUAGUCACUUGAUGUGUAAUGAAUUACUCAAACCUUAAUCUAAUAGUAUUCAAAAUAAGGAUAAAUGGCAGAUCAAAUCUUAUAUUCCUAAAACAAAUAAUGUGUUCAGUUUAUAUAAAUUAAAAAAAAUUGAUUAAGAAGAGAAGAGAAAAGAAAAAUAUUAAGAUUUGUCAUAAUUUAGAAAUCUGAAUAGGAAGAAUAUUGAAAUCGAAAAAAUUAAAGUAAUAAUUACUAAUAAUAGUUAGAGAUAUACUAAAUAAAGGUUAGUCACUGAGAAUUUGAUAAGUGAAUUUAUUCGAUAAUUCAAGUCUCGUGCUAAAAUUGAGAAUUUCAGUUUCAAUCUAUGAAGAUGAAUUGAAAUUGUUGAUAGACUGUCUCAAUAUAUAACUAUCAUAUAAAUGUUGUUCAUCAUUAAAAACAUUUUAUAUUAAAACAAUAAUAAUUUUAAUAAAAAGAAUGCUUCAAAAUUUUAUUCAGUUUCAAUCAUCUAUAGGUAAAGCUUAUUGGUAAUAAACAAGAAAACCGGGAUAAACUACUUAAAUUCUUAUAAAAUUGGCAAUUAUUACAAAGUUAUAGACUCAUAGGGUUCAAUAAUGAAGAAUCAGAAAUAAAAUUCUCUAUCUAUUGUACUUUAUAUGUUUAACUCUUUAUAGAACAAAUAUACAUUUGCAGAAGAUUAUUCCGAUUAGGAAAGAGCCUUUAAACUAUACUAAACAUUUUUGAAAAAAAAUACUUAUAAAGUCCAAAAAAAGCAUAUAAUUAAAUUCCUCAUGCUGUCAAUGAAAUGACUACUUAUUCAGUGUAUAUAUUCUAUUUCUUUUUUCAUUUGAUUGAAAAUAUCAUGGUCAUUCAUUAAAUGGGAUUUUUUGAGAAGAAAUUUAAUCAUAAAUUGCUAAAAAUAACAUCACACACAUUCUGGACCUUAGGCUUACUAACUUAGCUUGUCUAUUACUUGAAUAGACUCAGAUCAGCAUUUCGAAGGUAUAUUUAUCUUUAUAGAGAGAGAGUUAGAAUUGAAAUCUUAAAUCUAAAAUGGAAUGACCAAUGGAGAUUUUCUUGAGUAAUUGAAGUUCCUUUCAAAAGAAAGAUAUUAAUAUGGAUUGUUAAUUUUAAGAAUCAUUGGUGAUCUAGCUUGCGCUAUGUAGAAAGCAUAAAUUCCUGAAAAAAUUGUAACUAAUUGCUAAUAUACAAGCUACAUACAAGAUUUAAUAGAGGACUAGUUGCAUGUGGAGGGAUGUUAAGCUCAAUAAUCUAGAUUUAUUUAUAAGCAUCUAAAAUCAAUAAAAAAUAGAAUUUCAUUGAAGUAUGA